UCCCAUAAUGCGUCUCAGCAGCAUCUUCUCCGCCGCUCUGGCGGCUACCUCAACCCUAGCUUUCCCAUCUGCAAAACUCGCAGCAUACAAGACAAACUCAACUGUCGGGCCCGAAAAGGGGCAUCUUGUCAUCGUAGGCGGCAAUCUCAAGAGCGAGUCAAUCUACCAGCGUAUCAUAUCUCUCGCCGGCGGCCACAAUGCCUCCAUCAUCAUUGUUCCCACUGCGGGCGGAGACCCUUCCUACGACCAGAACUUCACGACCGCAGCCGCCUUCCGAGGGCUCGGCGCCACCAACGUUACUGUGCUACAUACCUAUGACCCCGCCGUUGCCGACACAGACAAGUUCGUCGCGCCUCUCAAGAGCGCUAACGCUGUCUUCUUCGGCGGAGGUCGUCAAUGGAGGCUUGUUGAUGCAUACUAUGGCACCAAGACGGAAACAGCUUUCAACGAGGUUCUUGAGCGCGGAGGUGUAAUCAGCGGAUCCUCCGCUGGUGCUUCUAUCAUCGGAUCGUUCCUUGCUCGUGGUGACACAUCUGGUAACGACAUCCUCGUCGGGGAUCAUACCGUUGGCUUCGGAUACUUGAAGAACGCCGCGAUCGAUCAGCAUGUACUCGUCAGAAACAGGCACUUUGAUAUGUUCCAGAUCCUCGAGGUGCAGCCUGAACUUCUGGGUAUUGCGAUCGACGAAGACACCGCUGUGGUUGUGCAGGGAAACGAUGCGGAGAUCAUUGGGAGCACUUAUGCUUUGAUCUAUGAUGGAGGAUUCUGGUCAAGGGACGGAAGCGGUGGGAAGUAUGACUUGCCAGAGAAGAAAUUCUACUUUUUAAAGGCGGGCGACAAGUAUGAUCUGGGGGCAAGGAAGGUCGUUGAGACAGAAACCACGAGUGGAGAUGAGCUGUAA